GUGUGUGUGUGUGUGUGUGUGUGUCAGCCAAUCAGAGUGUGCGCGUGCUGUCCGGAAGUCCUCACUCUGCGGCAGGUUGUUGUAUUUGAUUUAACGGGUCGUUACCGACUCUUAACGCGGUGGAUUAACGUGUGUCGCCGCUGAAACUGCGCAGUGUGGUUACCGGAGGCAACAGCUGCCGUUACCGGGGAGCACGAGGCUGACUGAAGAGCCGAGGCUUCACCGAACAAACUGACCGAAACUCCGCCGGGAACACCUGCCCGCUCCGCCCCGCGCCGCGCCGCCGCACCGGGGACAUGCGGACUCAAAGUUGUCCGGUUGUUUAGACGAAGAAACUUCCGGUUACACGGAUUCUGAUGGAUUCUUGAUGGGAGCGACGGCACGAGCGUAGUUUGUUGGUCGGUUGUUCGGGAACAAGAUGUCUGUGAACGAGUUGUACACAAAGUUGACCCGGGUGUGGAUCCCCGACCCUGACGAUGUGUGGAAGGCUGCAGAGAUCACCAGAGAUUAUAAAGAAGGAGAGCCGGUGCUUCACCUCAAACUGGAGGAUGAGACGCCCCUGGAGUACUCCGUGGGUCCAAAAAGUAACCCUCUUCCUUUCCUACGUAACCCCGACAUCCUGGUGGGAGAGAACGACCUCACGGCUCUCAGUUACCUUCAUGAACCUGCAGUCCUGCACAACCUUAAGGUCCGCUUCCUGGAGUCCAACCACAUCUACACCUACUGUGGUAUUGUGCUGGUGGCCAUCAACCCGUACGAGCAGCUGCAAAUUUACGGAGAGGAGGUGAUCCUGGCGUACAGCGGUCAGAACAUGGGGGACAUGGACCCUCAUAUAUUCGCUGUGGCUGAAGAGGCCUACAAACAGAUGGCCAGAGACGAGAGGAAUCAGUCCAUCAUUGUGAGCGGAGAAUCUGGAGCAGGAAAGACGGUUUCUGCAAAGUACGCCAUGCGUUUCUUCGCCACGGUGGGCGGCUCAGCUAAUGACACUAACGUGGAGGAGAAGGUUCUCGCCUCCAGUCCCAUCAUGGAGGCUAUUGGAAACGCAAAAACCACUCGGAACGACAACAGCAGUCGCUUUGGAAAGUACAUUCAGAUCGGUUUCAGCCGACAUUACCACAUCAUCGGCGCCAACAUGAGGACGUACCUGCUGGAGAAGUCUCGGGUGGUGUUUCAGGCUGAAGAUGAGAGGAACUAUCACAUCUUCUACCAGCUGUGUGCCUCCGCCAGUUUACCUGAGUUCAAAGACCUCAGCCUCACCAGCGCAGAGGAUUUCACCUUCACGUCUCUGGGAGAGAACAUCUUCAUCGAGGGAGUGAACGAUGCCGAGGACUUUAAGAAGACCAGAGAGGCCUUCACGCUGCUCGGGAUUAAGGAUGGAAGUCAAAGCAGCAUUUUCAAAGUGGUCGCCUCCAUCCUCCACCUGGGAAACAUCGAGAUCUGCUCGGAGAGGGACGGCGAGUCCUGUCACGUCUCAAGAGACGACCUCCACCUGCAGCACUUCUGCAGGCUGCUGGGGGUGGAGCUGCAGCAGAUGGAGCACUGGCUCUGUCACAGGAAGUUGGUCACAGCGUCUGAGACGUACGUGAAGAAUAUGUCGAGCGCACAGGCGGCCAACGCCCGCGACGCGCUCGCCAAACACAUCUACGCCCGCAUGUUUGACUGGAUCGUGGAGCACAUCAACAAGAGCCUGCAUACCUCCACCAAACAGCACUCCUUCAUUGGAGUCCUGGACAUCUAUGGCUUCGAGACGUUCGAGGUCAACAGUUUCGAGCAGUUCUGCAUCAACUACGCCAACGAGAAGCUCCAGCAGCAGUUCAACUCGCAUGUCUUCAAGCUGGAGCAGGAGGAGUACAUGAAGGAGCAGAUCCCAUGGACUCUGAUCGACUUCUACGAUAACCAGCCCUGCAUUGACCUGAUUGAGGCUCGCCUCGGCAUCCUCGACCUGCUCGACGAAGAGUGUAAAGUGCCUAAGGGGACGGAUCAAAACUGGGCCCAGAAGCUCUACCAGCAGCACAGCAGCAGCGCCCACUUCAAGAAACCUCGUAUGUCCAACACCUCCUUCAUCAUCAUACACUUCGCUGAUAAGGUGGAGUAUCAGUGUGAAGGCUUUCUGGAGAAGAACAGAGACACUGUGUACGAGGAGCAGAUCAACAUCCUGAAGGCCAGUCAGUUUCAGCUGGUAGCAGAUCUGUUCCAUGAGAAGGACGACGUCGUCCCACCAAAGUCUUCCAGAGUGAACGUCCGCGCAGCGAAGACCACCCCCAAAGCUCCCAACAAGGAGCACAGGAAGACUGUGGGACAUCAGUUCCGCAGUUCUCUUCACCUCCUCAUGGAGACUCUGAACGCGACGACUCCUCAUUACGUUCGCUGCAUCAAACCAAAUGACGACAAAGAGGCGUUCACGUUCGACUCGAGGCGAGCCGUGCAGCAGCUCCGAGCCUGCGGAGUCCUGGAGACCAUCCGUAUCAGUGCGGCCGGGUAUCCAUCCAGGUGGACGUACCCAGACUUCUUCAGCAGGUAUCGAGUGCUGUUGAAGAAGUCCGACAUGACGUCAGCUGACAAGAAGCUGGUGUGUAAAAACCUGCUGGAGACUCUGAUCAAGGAGCCGGACAUGUUCCAGUUCGGUAAGACAAAGAUCUUCUUCAGAGCAGGACAGGUGGCGUACCUGGAGAAGCUCCGGGCCGACAAGUUCCGCUCGGCCUGCAUCAAGAUCCAGAAGACGGUUCGAGGUUGGCUGCAGAGAGUUCGAUAUCGCAAGAUCCGCAAGUCCGCCAUCACUCUGCAGAGAUACGGCCGAGGAUACCUGGCUCGCAGAUAUGCCAACUUCCUGCGGCAAACUCGAGCUGCCCUCAUCUGUCAGAAACAGUACCGCAUGGUGAGAGAGCGACGGGCCUAUCUGAGGGUGAGACAGGCUGUCGUCACCAUCCAGGCAUUCACCAGAGGGAUGUUCACCCGCCGGAUCUACUGGGAGUUCCUGCUGCACCACAAGGCCAUGAUCAUCCAGAAGUACGUCCGCGGCUGGCUGCAGAGGACCAAGUUCAGACGAGCGCGCGAAGCCGCCAUCACCAUCCAGUGCGCCUUCAGAUGCGUGCGAGCGAAGCGCCAGCUGCAGCAGCUGAAGAUCGAAGCUCGCUCCGCCCAACACCUGAAGAAGCUCAACACAGGCAUGGAGAACAAGAUCGUCCAGCUGCAGAGGAAGAUGGACGAUCAGUCCAAAGAGUACAGGACUCAGGCUGAACAGCUGGUGCAGGUCAACACCAGUCUGUCCUCGGAAGUGGACAAGCUGCAGAAGCAGCUGGAGCAGGUCCGCAGUCAGCAGGUCGGAGGAGGUCAGCUGACCUCACUGCAGGAGGAGCUGGAGAGGCUGAGGGAGGAGCUACAGGAGGCCAUCGCCCACAGGAAGAGGCUGGAGGAGGAGCACAGCACCGAAAAGCUGGGGCUCCAACAGAGGGUGGAGGAGCUGGAGACGGAGAACACUCUGCUGAAGAGUGAAAAAGAAGAGAUGAACCAGAAGAUUCUUCAGCAGUCAAAGAGAAGUGAAGAGGACGGCAGCAGCGUGUCUCAGAAGGAGGCGUCUCUGCAGAAGGAGCUGGAUGAUGAGCGGCAGCGUUACCAGAAUCUGCUCAAAGAGUUCUCCAGACUGGAGCAGCGCUAUGACAACCUGAAGGAGGAGGUGUCCCUGACCAAGUUCCACCCCGGCCACAGGAGGAACCCGUCCAAUCAGAGCAGCCUGGAGUCGGACUCUAACUACCCGUCCAUCUCCACCUCAGAGAUUGGAGACACCGAGGACUCCAUCCAGCUGGUGGAGGAGAUGGGGGUGGAGAAGGCUGCGAUGGACAUCAGUCUGUUCAUGAAGCUGCAGAAGAGAGUCCGAGAGCUGGAGCAGGAGAGGAAGAGACUGCAGGUCAACAUGGACAAGAUGGAGGAGCUCGCCAAGCGCAAGGGCUCCGAGUCGAGGAGUCCCCCCUCUGAGCAGGAGACAGCUGACCUGGCCUACAACAACCUCAAGAGACAGGAGCUGGAGUCAGAGAACAAGAAGCUGAAGAACGACCUGAACGAGCUGAGGAAGACCAUCGCUGAGCGAGCAGCUCAAAACAACUCGUCCAACGAGCUGCAGGACAGCUACAACCUGCUGCUCAGUCAGCUCAAGUCAGCCAAUGAGGAGCUGGACGCUCGCAAAGAGGAAGUCCUGAUCCUGAGGACCCAGAUAGUGAGCGCCGCACAGCUCCAGGAGAAAAACGAUCACAUGCAGGAGAUGAAUAAAGUUCCUGACGUGGACGACAGCAAAGAGCCGGCGGACAAAGAGGAAGCUCUGAAGGCGUAUCAUGGACUGUGUGAGUCCAAAAAGCUGCUGGAGGCUCAGCUGCAGACUCAGUCCAGGCAGCACAAAGACGAACUGGAAGCUCUCCACACUCAGAUCGAGCUGCUGAGAGUCGACAUCGAGAAGAAGCAGGAGCUCCUCAACUACACGUCGUCUCUGUCUCCUGAGGCUCAAGUGGAAUACAGCGUCCAGCAGGAGAUCACACGGCUCACCAACGACAACCUGGACCUCAAGGAGCUGGUGGAGAAACUGGAGAAGAACGAGAGGAAGCUGAAGAAACAGCUCAGGAUCUACAUGAAGAAAGUCCAGGAGUUAGAAGUGUCUCAGGCUGCAGCUCAAUCCAGCAGGUCCAGGCCUGAGCUGAGCCGGCAGGUCACCGUCCAGAGGAAAGAGAAAGACUUUGAGGGCAUGUUGGAGUACUACAAGGAGGACGAGGCCCUGCUGAUCAAAACCCUGAUCACAGACAUCAGGCCCAACACGGUGUCGGCGACGGUUCCCUGUCUGCCCGCUUAUAUUCUCUUCAUGUGCAUCCGCCACGCCGACUACAUCAACGACGACCAGAAGGUGGAGUCUCUGCUCACCUCCACCAUCAACGCCAUCAAGAAGGUCCUCAAGAAAAACAACGAUGACUUUGAGAUGACGUCCUUCUGGCUGGCGAACACCAGCCGGCUGCUUCACUGUCUGAAGCAGUACAGUGGUGAUGAGGCGUUUAUGACGCAGAACACGAGCAAACAGAACGAACACUGUCUGAAGAACUUCGACCUGGCCGAGUACCGACAGGUGCUGAGUGACCUCUCCAUCCAGAUCUACCAGCAGCUCAUUAAAGUGGCAGAGGGCAUCAUACAGCCCAUGAUCGUGUCGGCCAUGUUGGAGAGUGAGAGCAUCCCCAGCCUGGCGGGGGUUAAGCCGAUGGGCUACAGGAACCGUUCCUCCAGCAUGGACACUGACACCGGCGGCCCCAGCAGCUACACUCUGGAGGCCCUCAUCAGGCAGCUGGGACAGUUCCACGGCAUCAUGCGGGACCACGGUCUGGACCCUGAGAUCGUGGGUCAGGUGGUCCGACAGCUCUUCCACUGCAUCAACGCCGUCACCCUCAACAACCUGCUGCUGCGCAAAGACGUGUGCUCCUGGAGCACCGGCAUGCAGCUCAGGUACAACACCAGUCAGAUGGAGGAGUGGCUCCGAGCCAACAACCUGUACCAGAGUAAAGCUGCAGCCACUCUGGAGCCCAUCAUCCAGGCCGCUCAGCUGCUGCAGGUCAAGAAGAAGACCACUCAGGACGCCGAGGCCAUCUGCUCGCUGUGCACUGCCCUCACCACCCAGCAGAAUCGUCCUCAACAGAGAAACGAUGCUCCUCAGCUCCUGGUGGACACCAAGUACAUGUUCCCCGUCCUCUUCCCGUACACCCCGUCUGCUCUCAGCCUGGAGACGCUGCACAUCCCCGCCUCCAUCGGCCUCGACUUCCUCGUCAGAGUCUGA